UGCUAUUGAGUCUUGAUCGAAUAUACAAUCUCAAUGACAAUUUUUGUUAAUUUACAAUCAAAUAUGUCUUGUAUUAUCAACGUGGUAAUGGUCUUGGCCUUGGUUCCAGAACAUCUGCGUCACGGGUCCCGCCUUGGCUGGAAUACUAGGGGCCGGUUGCCGGGGAGUCCAGGGCGGAACACCCGCUAAAAUGGGAAAUUCCAGGUUAUCGGUCCGCAUCCGGUCUGGCUCCCCAGUCAAGCCAGUGUCUACCUGCCCCCUCAUUCGCUCCUUCCAACUGGGCCGUUACAGUUGCAGCAACGAUUCAUUGACUCUCUGGGCUCUUUCUACUCUUGUCCUCGUCACUCCGUCUUUUUUUCUCUCUCUCUCCAGCUCCAUCUCUCUCAAUAACAAGUCAAAAGAAAGACUCGGGUCGGUCGGUCUUUUUUAUUCCACUCGCUCAACUUGUUUGUUCCUUGUGCUUCUCCAACUCUCUCGUUUCAACUGCAAAUUAUAUCUCGCCGAUUGAUCCACCUUCUUCCAAGGUGAUCCCCUUGAGGCGGCGCGCCCGCUGCUGGCAUCAUCGAUCCUCUUGGCACUACCUGCUCUCGAGUCGUUA